GCAGGCUCAUGAAAAUUUUGGGCUCACGCACUGACACACAUCACUACGCUGGCCAUUCAACCCUCUCUUCGAUUUAGUUUAAGGUUUAGCGGUUCUUUUUUAUUGAUUUCUUUUCAUUCUUUCUUUUCUGCCGCCAAUUCACGAGAAGCUGGUUGAAAGAGAACAAACCCUGAACCCUACUCAUCGCCGCUGCCGUCGAAGCCUGUGUUCCCGCCCUUUCUUGGUUCAGUUUCUGUUCUUGAACAAUAUCGGCGAUGGAUGAACCGCCGAUCCCGGUCACCGGACACUGGGGCGCUCCAGAUUCCUACAUUAACGUCUUCCUCGACACCAGCCUCGAUACUCACUUGGCCUUGGACAUGGUAGUCUCUCCAUCCAACACCGUCGCCGAUCUCAAGAAGAAAAUUCUGGACAAGCAUCCCCUGUGCUUCCCCAAGUUUGGAGAAAUAAAAAUUGACGCAUUGAAGGUCAAAAAGAGAGGGGUUUACUAUAAUUUGGCAGAGUCAAUUCUUCUUAAAAGUGUCUUUGAUGGGGUGAAGAAAGGUUGGUUUGUUAGUGUUGAAGCUUCUAUUGUUUCUAAGGAUAAUGAGAUUGAGCCUAAAGAGGCCAAAUUUGCCUUAGUGACCAUGAAUAAUGGUUUCGAGGAUAAAGUUGCUGGGGGAGUUCAACUUGUGGGUGGAGAUGUACGAGGUGACAAAGUUUUUUCGUUGGUUCCCUUGAUUAGUGAUGAAUCUCUCAGAGAGAAGAAAUGUGAUGAAGAAGAAGCUCAGGAGAUGCAUGUUGAAAGAGCAGAAAUGGGGAAGGAGUUGGCUAACAUUGAUGCAGGCAGCAUAUUGCCAGAAAGAGCUUCUGGUGUGAAGGAAAAUCAUGAGAAGAGGAAGAGAAGUAAAAAGGGGGCAGAUAAACGUGAGAAGAGGAAGAGAAGCAAAAAGGGGGCAGAUGAUCUUUCUGGUAAAGACGUUGAUGUGUCAAUGCACAAAUUUGGACCAAAAAGUGAAUUGGUUGUUGGCAAUGUGCAGAUCUCAGACCAAAAUGUUGCUGGUAUACAAACUGGAGGGGUAAUUUCUUUAGCUGAGGAAUCUGAAGCUCAAGUGGUACAUGUGGAAUUUUCCAAAGAUGGAUCCAAGGGUUCUAUAGUUAAUGAAAUCGAGGAAAAUUUACACCAUCUACAUGUAGCAAACAAGAGGCUUAAAACCGGAAAGGAGAUAGACGAUGAAGCUUCUUUAAGAGAUAGCAGCACUAUUGUUUUGGAAUUUAGUGGAAUGACUUGUAAGCGUCCUGUUAUAUCUCAGCUAUCUACAGUAGAUGAGCAACAAAAUGUGGUUUCUACUCUGAAAAUUCCAAAUGCUGGCUCUGUGGAAGCAUUCGAUCAAUUGGCUAGCCGAAGCUUGGUGAAGAAGAAACGAAAAACGAAGUCUUCUAAGAAAGUAGAUAGAAAAACUGCUGGAUUAACUCCUGAUGAGGCCAAUGCUGGUAAAGAGAUACAUCUAAAGGAAGCUGGAAUUGACAGUGGCAAUGUGUUGCAUCCUUCUGCUGUUUCUUUGACGAAGAAGGACCCUGAUCCUCCUCAAGAGCAACAUAACAUUAUUCUUUCACAAGAUAGAUAUAUGAUAUUGAAACUGGUGUUUGGUUCAAAUAUCAAUGAGUUUCAAGAACUAAUAACCAAUGAUAGGAGUAGAGUUGAAACAGAACAAGAGGUCCAUGAGACAAUUUCUGCAAAUGUGCAGAAAGAAGUUGUUGAUUUUAUGAGUCAGAAGACUGCAGACCCUAGUGAGGUCACUGGAGCUUGGUCUCAAAUGAAAAGUAAAGAGAAAAGGGAAGUGAAAGUGGUAAACCUGCAUGAGAUAUCUCCAAAGUUACCUGGGCCUCCAACUUCGAAGGAGGAACUUGAAGCCCAAGCAAUUCCUCAGGAGAAGAAACCAGAACCGUCAUCUGCUAAAGGAGAUAAUCGAAAACCUCACUGUGAAGCGACUCAAGAAUCAAGUGCUCCGACUCGUCAAAAUAGUGUUAAGCCAAAGAAGGCCAUAGAGCAUCAUCAUUCUGAUAGUCCGACAAAUACUUCCCACAUCAAAAGUGGUAAUAGGGAUCAAUCAAAAAGGUGGGAGAGGUUCUGGUGCCAUGGUUCAUCAGAAGUCGGUGGUUGCAGGAUCACUACACUAUCCAAGAGUAAUUCAUCUGGUGAUGGGUUGGAAAGAUAUCAUUUUCCAUAUCCACUCAACCAAUCACCUGCCAGCUCCCCGGGGACGCAUCCCGAUCUCUCAGUUUUCGACAGCAUGAAGAGAAAUGGUAUUAGUGGUCAAGAAGGCAUGAAGACAUCAUUCUCCUCACUGGACACAACUCCUGAAAGUACAAAAAAGAGAUACAAAAAGGCCAAGCUGGAUGUUGAAUCACAGUAUGAGGAGGAUUUGGUCCCCUUGAGUCCGAGUAUAUAAGAUGAUGAAAUCUUGAAAACCUUAUGUUACCAUGGUGGCGCGCUUUCUUUUGUCAAUGCGAGCAAGUUCAUAUUUCUUGUUUGUGGUUUUUUAUCAUCUGCAGAACAGAAGAGC